CUUGUAUUAUUGUGAUGCAUGUUUAGUGAGGACGUAAUGACCCGCAAUACAAGCACUGGUGGGUGCAUCUGCAGGCGACUCUCUUUCCAGUAGCUACCAUUGGUAGGUCUCCCUCUGAACAGCAGUAGCCACAGUUAUCUAAGCUAGGAAACACACUGGUAAUGUACCUCCUUGAACGGAACCACGCUGAGGCAAACGAAAGAGCAAAAUAUUCUAUCUGUCAGAUUUUGGAGGAGAUGGUGAUGGGAGCAGACAGCACCUGGCUGCCCUGAGAGAGGCAGCGUUUGCCCUGGACUUCCCCACCCAAGCCAGAGGCGGAGGCAGGAGGAGGUUUCAGGAUGGAGCAGGCCCAAACGCUGCUCCUCAACGAGGAGGCCUGCGGCCAGCUUGGGGAGCACCAGCGUGCUGAGUUUGUGUACGAGUGGCUGCGCUUCCUCAAGAAGCUGCUUCCCACCACAGACCGGGCGGACGUGAAACAGAAGCAGAAGCGUCUGGUGGAGCAGCUCCAGGGCGUGUUGACGGGCUCCCCGGGCCCCCCCACGCGCCGGCUGUUAGCCCAGUGCUUGGCUCUGGUGUACCGCUACGGAGACUCGCUUAGCGCGCCGCUGGCCUUGGACCGCUGCAGCGACAUCAUCCGCAGCAAGGACGACUCGCCCAGUGCACUGCCUACCCGCCUUGCGGCCAUCGCCAGUGUGGGAGCGCUGUAUGAGCAGCUGGGUCGCCUCCUCAUCAGCUCGUUUAGAGAGUCAGUGGGGACCCUCUUAAAAGCCGUGAAGAGUGCUGAGUCUCAGGGGCGGUAUGAGAUCAUGCUGAGCAUGGAGAGGAUCCUGAGGGGCCUGGGUGUGAGCGCCGUGCCCUGCCACAGGGACAUCUACAAGACGGCUCGCGCCUGCCUCACCGACCGCUCCAUGGCCGUCCGCUGCGCCACCGCUAAGUGCCUGCUGGAGCUGCAGAGGGAGGCCGUGUUCCUGUGGAGCUCGGAGCUGGAGAGCAUGGCCACGCUUUGCUUCCGGGCUUUCGAGGGCUCCAGCUAUGACGUGCGCGUGGCCGUCUCCAAGCUGCUGGGCACGCUGCUGGCCUCCGCUCUGGAACCCAAACAGCCCGUCGCACCCCGUCCAGGAGGGAGGCGUAUGUGUCUGGAGGAGGUGAUGGAGCUCCUUUCAGUGGGGUUCCUGAGAGGGGGGGUGGGGUUCCUGCGUGCCAGCGGCGACAUGCUGAAGGGGUGCAGCUCCGUCAGCAGAGACAUCCGUGUGGGCAUCACUCAGGCAUGUGUGGUGUUUGUCUCUGCACUGGGCGGAGCCUGGCUGGAGCUGAACUUCCCCUCUCUGCUGGCCCUGCUGUUGGCGUUGGCGUCGCACCCGCGCGCCACCCAGACCCCCAGCGAUGGCGCCUGCACCCGCCGCUGCGUCUCCUUCGUGCUGCGCAGCACGCUUGGCACGCUGCUCGGGGAGAAGGCCCAGGUCGCCGCCGCCAAGGAGAUCUGCCGUGCCAUCAGACCCCAGAAGAAGGCCUCAGAAGCGUGCGUAGCAGAGGUUAACCCAGAGGUGUAUUUGAAUCAGCACGUACUGGUGUGUGCCCUGCUGGAACUGGGCAGCCUCAUUCAAGGACUGGGCUCCACUGCCACGCCACUGGUGCAGGACUCCAGCAUAGGUCUCUUGGAUUCUGUGAUCUCGGUGCUGUUCCAUCCCAGUGCGUCUGCCCGAUUGGCGGCUGCCUGGUGCCUGCGUUGUGUUGCCGUGGCGAUGCCAGCUCAGGCGGCGGUACUUUUGGAUCGCUGUGCCGAGAGGCUGACUGCGCUGAAGUCCUGCCCGGAGGCGGUGGCAGGCUAUAGUGCUGCUGUCGCCGCCCUGCUGGGGGCUCUGCAGCACUGUCCUCUGGGAAUACCCCACAGCAGGGGGAAGAUGGUGCUGGAGCUAUCAGAGGACCUCCUGCGCUCCGCCACCCAGAACAGCCGCAUCUCCAUGCAGAGGGCUCAGGGAGGCUGGCUGCUGCUGGCCGCCCUCAACACGCUGGGCCCUGCAGUAGUGGGGGAUCUGUUGGGACGGCAGCUGCUGCUCCUCAGGUGUGCCUUCCCCCCAUCCGUGCGUGAGCUGGAGGCGGAGCUCCGGCGUGGAGACUGCUUCACCUGGCAGGUGACGCUGGAUGGCCGGGCUGGAGCUCUGAGCGCUCUGAAGAGUCUGGUGUCAUUCUGUGGAGAGCUUCUGACUGAUGAGGUGUGGGCUCGCCUGCAGACGCCCCUGUCCUGUGCUGUCGCUCUGCUCAACCACUUGCCCACAGUGGUGAAGUCCUACGGCAACCAGGUCAAGAAUGCUGCUACGCUCUACAGACUCCGAGUGUAUGAGAUCCUUGUGCUGCUGCCCCCUGAGACUUACACAGAGGGUCUGGGCUCCCUGUUGAGGCAGCUGGUGUGUGAGCUGACGGGAGAGAACCCGUCCUGCUGCGGGCUGCUCCUGCUGCCCCCCCUCUGCCACCCCACUGACCUCACCCUCACCGGCAGCACCACACUCGACACCGACCAGCGCUACAUUGAGCAGCAGCUCCAGAGUGGCAGCCUUGGCAUAGGCACACUAGAGUACGACCCCUUCUCAAUCUUCCAGAGCUCUCAGGAGGUGCCUGCACCUGUGCCAGCCGCCACUGCCCUCACCAACGCCACCAUCCAGCUGUUUGGCGUCAUCUUCCCUCAGCUGGCCACCCCACACAGGGCUCAGACACUGGAGCAGCUGGGUGAGGCCCUACGGCAGCUCAAGGGAGCCCGGCAGCAGACAGCACACAUCCUCGUGACCUCUGCCCUCUGCUGUGCCCUCAAGGCUUUGGGCAGUGCUCGUGCAGGCCUGGGGGGAGAGGAGGUGUGUAAACCUGCACGCUCUCUCCUGUGGGGGGCGCUGGAGAGCCCUAAUGGGCUGCUGCGCUGCGUAGCCGCCGAGGGAUCCGGCCGACUGGUGCAGGCCGUCAACGACCCGGCCUUUACUGCCUCUAUGACAAUGGCCAGCGUCGACAAGCUGAAAGCGGCGCGGGACGCCGUAUCUCGGGCGGGGCACGCUCUCUGUCUGGCCGCGCUGCAGCGCUACAGCGGGGGCAUUAGCUCCUCCCAGCAGCUCGGCACCUCUGUGGGGGUCCUGUUCCCCCUCGCCCAGGACACCAGCGCACCUGAGCUACAGACAUGGUCGGUCCAUGCUCUGUCUGUGCUGAUGGACCUGUCGGGGCCUCUGUACCGCACUCACGUGGAGCCCAGCCUGUCUCUGGUGCUGCGGCUGCUCCUGUCCUCCCCACACACUCACACACACACAGAGAUGCACCUCAGCCUGGCCCUCUGCCUCCACCAGCUGAUCACCGCAGUCGGGCCGGACCUACAGGAGGAGAGCGACGGGGUGUGCACCCUGCGGAGUGUGUGUCUGAUGGCGUGUGCGGUGCUGCAGGACAGCCAGGAGUGUCUGCUGCAGGCUCAGGCCAUCUCCUGCCUGCAGCAGCUGCACCUCUUCGCCCCCAAACACCUCAACCUGGCCCAGCUGGUGCCCAGCCUGUGUGAGUCGUUGUUGGAUUACUCAGUUUUGGUGAAUAUGUGCAGCUCGUAUCUGUGGCUUCGGCGAGCUGUGGUGGCGUGCUUGAGGCAGCUUGCCCAGCGGGAGGCGAUAGAGGUGUGUGAGCACGCAGUCACCCUGGUCAAGGAGCUGCCACGCCGUGACAACACACAGCUUGAUGUGACCAUUAAAGAGGUUGGCCUGGAGGGGGCGCUCUUCUGCCUGCUGGACCGUGAGUGGGACCCGCGGCUGUGCCAGGACAUCCGGGAGACGCUAGGCCACAUGCUGAGCUCGGCAGCCACGGGCAAGCUGGCGCACUGGCUCAAACUCUGCAAAGACGUCCUGCUGGCAUCAGCAGACAGCACAGCUGUUGCUGUGCAGGAGCCCCAGCAGGAGGACGAUGGUGACCGUGACGACGACGCCUCUGUGUUCCACGCCCGGGCGGAGUCCGGCGGGCCGUUCUGCAGCCUGCGUUGGGCCACGCGCGUCUUCGCCGUGGAGUGUGUGUGCCGCGUCGUGGCGCUGUGUGAGAGCGCCGAUCCAGCACACUUUGACAUGGCCCUCGCCCAGGAGCGCCGUCUGCAAGAGUCCACAGACUUCCUGGUGCUGCACCUGGCAGACCUGAUCCGCAUGGCCUUCGUGGCGGCCACAGACCACAGUCAGCAGCUCCGGCUGGCUGGCCUGCAGACCCUCCUGCUCAUCAUCCGCAAGUUCGCCAGCGUGCCUGAGCCCGAGUUUCCCGGACACGGCAUCCUGGAGCAGUACCAGGCCAAUGUGGGAGCUGCCCUCAGACCAGCCUUCACUGCUGAUGCCCCUCCUGAUGUGACAGCGAAAGCCUGCCAGGUGUGCAGUGCGUGGAUCUCCAGCGGGGUGGUGAGCGAGCUGAAGGAUGUGCGGCGGGUCCAUGAGCUGCUGGUCUCCUCCCUCCAGAGGGUACAGGGGGGCCGCGAGGUGCCCAGUCUGCUCUACAACGAGGGCACGGCUGCCAUGGAAACACUCGCCGUGCUGAAGGCCUGGGCAGAGGUCUACAUUGUGGCCGUACAGACCGCCGGCCGGAGCGACGCCACAGAGGCCGAGGGCGACACCGACGAGGGCAGUGAAGGAGGAGGAGGAGCGGAAGAGCCGCCGGCGGACGCCAACCUGCUAAGGUUCGUGCAGACGGACCUGCCCACCCUGAGCCGCCUGUGGCUGGCCGCGCUGCAGGACCACGCGCUCCUCACCCUCCCGUCGAAGUACGGCCAGCAGCUGCCCCCCUCAGGCGGCACGUUCUACACGGCGGAGACUCUCGAGCAGGCGCGUCCGCACUACUGCAGCUCGUGGGCGCCCAUCCUGCACGCCAGCGCCCUCUGGCUCAACAGCACGGGCUUCAUCCUGGCAGACGACGGCCCCGCCAACCUGUCCCGCCCCGUCACGCCCACCUCCAUGGGCCAGUCCGCCUCGCUGAGCAGCGUCAAGUCCCCGGAGGACAUCAACACCGAGCGCCUGCACCUCAUACUGGGUAUCAGUGUGGAGUUCCUUUGCUCGCCACACUCCCAAGAUCAGAUGGAGAACAUCACGUCCUGCCUGCAGGCGCUGCAGGCCCUGCUAGAUGUGCCCUGGCCCCGCGCUAAAGUGGGCAACGAUCAGGCCCUGAGCGUGGAGCUGUUGACAGUGUUGCACAGGCUGAUGGUGACGCGGGAGUCGGUGGAGGUGCAGCUGGCCGUGCUGCAGCUGGUCAGGCAGGUGGUGUGUGCCGCCCAGGAGCACGUCAGGGAGAAACGCCACAGCGCUGAGGUGGAUGACGGGGCGGCCGAGAAGGAGACGCUGCCUGAGUUUGGAGAGGGCCGUGACACGGGGGGCCUGGUGCCGGGCCACUCGCUGGUGUUCGGGGCCCUGGAGCUGUGCCUCUGUGUGCUGCUGAGAAAGCUGCCCCAGCUCAGUCCCCGCCUGGCCCGAGGGAGCCCCCUGUUGGGGCAGGGGCCCCCGGGGGUCCCUGCAGGGCUCGCCACUCCCCUUGAUGCCAGCGACUGCGGGCUGGUGGCAGCAGCUCUGGCUAUUCUGUCAGAACUGCCCUCCAUCUGCUCCCCAGAGGGCAGUGUGUGUGUGCUGCCCACGGUGCUGUACCUGCUGGUGGGGGUGCUGUGUGAGCUGGUGCGAGGUGUCGGGGGCCCGGACGGGGGCCCGCUGGUCUCGGGGGCCCUCCAGGCGCUCCGCAGUGUCCUGUCUACCCCACUGAGCCGCGUCGAGAAGAGCAGAGAAGCCUGGAGCCACCUGCUGCGCUGCGCUCUGCAGACUCUACUGGACUGUGGGGACACAGGUAAAGAGGCGUUGACUGAUGAGGUGACCCUGCUGACGGCCCUCACCAUCUUCCUGCUGGGGGCGAGCCCAGAGGUCACGUCAGCCGAGCCGCUGCAGACGCGCCUCAUCCAGCGCUUCAAGACUGACCUACAGGUCAAAGACCCCACGGUCCUGAGGCAAAGCUUCGAGCUGCUGACCUCCGUGUUCCAGAGCCCGGCUGGGGCAUCAGGGUCCUUCAUGCAGGCCCUGGGGGCAGCAGUGGUGGGCUACCUGCGCGGGGUGGAGAACCGGAGGCCCCAGACGCAGGAGGAGCUCCAGGCCGUCCAGGAGGGGGCCAGAGCGUUGGAGGCGUUGGCGGAGGCAGCAGAGGAGAUGCACCGCCCCCAGCUGGUGUCGGUGCUGCUGCCCGUCCUCAUCAGCUUCCUGCUGGACGAAAACGCACUGGCGUCGGCCGCUGGGCCCUCGCGCUCGCUGCACGCCUGGGCCCUGCAGGAGCUCAUGCGGCUGGGGCCCCAGCACCCCUCCGUCCUGCGGGGCCUCAUGGCCUCUGCGCCCGCCAUGAAGGCCCGUCUGGAGGCGGCCAUCAAGGGCAGCCAGGAGCGUGUGAGCUCCAAGAGCAACCCACAGGCACCCAGCAAGAGCUCGCCCAGCAUCCAGCUUAAGACCAACUUCCUGUGACUCAGUCUUUUUUUAAACAGCUGCAAAAAUAAGAAGGGGGAAGAAAAACUCCCCACAAUGCUGCACAUCAGAUCACUCAUACUGUAGGAGACAAUAAUACUGUCGUAACUCUAAAAAGGGCACGCACAUCUAUGUGCUGAAUAAUUUUUAAAGUCGUGUUUGUCUUUUAAAAAUGUAGGUCAUUUUUACGGCAUUGUUUUAACCUCUGUGAGGACUGUAAUCCAAAUAUGUACUUAUACACUCACUCACUAUGGUACAGCUGUAGUAUUCUAAACACUAGUACACGCAAAGGAUAGAUAAGGGAGUACAUUAGCUUCAGAGCAAAAAUUAUAUAUAUAUAGCGAAAAGGAAACACUAUUUUUAGAGGAAGUUUUGUUUUGUUUUAUUAUUGUAUCUGCAAAGUUGCCUUCACAAGUGGAAAGGUCCAGUGUGUGUGUGUGUGUGCGUUUGUGUGUAAGUGUGGGAGAUGUUUCGAGGGGCUGUGUCUGUUACAUUGUGGCAGAGUGUAUUGAAGUGGAUUAUGUAAUGUUUUCAUCUGCCCCCUGAAGCCAUCAGCGAUACCUAAAAGAGCUUCCGUGCUAGGCGCAGCACCUCCACCCUGCACUGCAAACACACAAGCUGCCUUUUCCUCCACAAUUAUCUCAGCAAUCACAAAUGAUCAUUUAGUGCAGUGUUGUAUAAUAACACUCUCAAGUUUCUUCAUUUGUAUCAUGCAAAAAGGGUAAAGUAAUUUGUAUCUUGCAAAAAGUAAGUGUAUACUGUACUAUUGCAGUAUUAUUGCUUGGAACAGAAGCAUGAGUCUGUUUCUGAUGUUAUCACCAAAUAAUUAUGGUGUGUGUGUAAUCAAGGCCAGGUGUGAUACAGUGCAUCAGUUGGUUAUGGUACUGAUGUUAUGGAUUAUUCUAAUCUGCAGUUGUCCUGUGUUCUGUGUUGAAGAAUCAUUGAUGCAUUGAUUAGAGUAUCAUUCACCUAAGUACUGCAUUGUUCAUAAUUGAUCAUAACUAGGGCUGCCCCUGUUGCUGGACAAUUUUUUUUUUUUAAAGAGAUGGUCAUUGCCUACAAAAAAAGGGAAUCUUAAUCAUGUAUGAUGAAUAAAGAUGAUAGUGGUAUUGAUUUUAAAAUUACACGAGAGAUUAUUUAGAAAUGUUUACACAGUAAUGAAAUAUCUGUUGUAGCAGGUGGGAUAUAGGAAAAACUGACUCGCCAAAAGAGAGGCAGGAUUCCUUCCUGCACUAGGCCUUGAUUCUGGUGACAGAGGCACACUUGCCAGCUUCUGUCUCCAACUGUGUUGGUACUGAGCACUUUUCCUGCUGUGAAAAUGAUGUUGAAUGAUGCAGUAUUUGUAAUGUAAUUCACCAUAUAUUUUGUACACUGUAAAUUGUGCAGAUUAAAAAAAAAUGACCAAAUACUGAGUGUAUGAGUGUAGAAGCAUGCAGUGUUGUGUAUUGGUUAUGGUUGUUGGAAUUACAAGGGCACACAGGAAAAGGCACAAAUAUCUUCAUGAUCUAGUUAAGUUAACAGCAUUGCUGAAACAGCAGCAAAAAAUGAUUUACCACACCAUCUGAUAGUGAAUUAUUGAUCUUAACCACUACAUAUUCCCGACUUUAGAGACUGGAAUUGCCUGGUAAUGAAAAAAGACUUUUUAAACAAAUAUUAUCCAAAUAAUUUCCAUAUUAGGGCGUAUUAUUCAAAACACGUACACUGUUUUACUCUACAGAUUUUAGAUCAGUUGAAAAACAUCUAGAUAAAAUAGUUACAAAUUGCAUUGAAAUAUAUCGCAGUAAAAUAUAACAGCGUAUUGGGUGGGGUUGGUAUUUUACUGACAACUGUUUUACAGUUAUUACUUUUUCCAGAGUGGACUAGUGAAGGUUUCUGAUGAAAUGAAGAGUGCUGUGAUAUGACAUCUUAGCGCCCCCUGGCAUAUCACCGCAAUGCUGUCUGCUCUUGAAUAGUGAAUACAAGUACGCUGCGUAGCCUCGUGAUGCAAACGACGGGGGAGCCAACUCGUUCCCUCGACGGCUCUCCAUUUCGGUUUGAUUUAUCCAUAGCUUUGCUGUUCACUUUGACCUUUAGGUUUAGA